UCCCAUUUCAAUUCCCCCUCCAUGCUUACUAAGAUUCACAGAAGUAUCAAGUACAGUACAAGCAGGAAAAACAGAAGAAAAAAGGAAAAAAGGAAAAAGGAAAAAUAUAUCCGUCUCCAAUGUACCGUCACCAUUAAUGUUGUGACCUGACACGUAGAAAAAGCUGCAUUAGGAGUUACAGCAUAAUCUCCAAUCCAGCGAGCGUCCCGAGCUUGCAGCCACACUAAGGUCGACCCCUCACAUCGAGAAGGAAGGCGAGACCAUAUUAUUGUGUCCUCUUCAGAUCGAUGUGGCAUUCACACGAUCGUGCAGUUGACCUCUCCUCGACAUCCUGCAAAUCAUCUGCCAAAAGAAAGCAUCGCGAUCCUCAAGGUUCAAACAGCAACUCAACGAAUACAUCCACCAGUACGUCCAAGGUUGAAGGGCAUUCUUCGAAAAAGCUAAAGACGUUACCAUCAUCGACAAGUCCCGGUCUCCGGCCCAAUAUGAACAAGACGAUGGGGGUUUCGCGCCCAGGUAUAAUAGAUUUAACAAGACCAUCGAAUUUUCAGCCACAUACUGGAGCGAAGAGAUUAGUGAUUAAGAACCUGAGGAUAACUUCUCCGAGCGAUAAGGAGGAGUAUUUUAGGAAGACUUGGAACGAGUUAGAUGAUGCUUUGGAUUCCGUUUUUAAUAAUAAACAGCCAGUAUCACCAUUGGAAGUUCUGUAAGCUAAUUCGUUCUCUUGUAUCAUGCUGUCCGACUGUUUCGAUUUUCCUCCAUCUCUGCAUCGACAAUUUUCUUUUGUAGAGCUUCUUUUCUAUCCACCUUCAUUAUGGUGCAUAUUUUCCUAUAAGCAAUUACUAAUGCUCCAAUGUUGCAGGUGUCGUGGAGUCGAAUCAAUUUGUCGGCGUGGGAAGGAAAAGGCAGAUGAGCUAUACAGGCAUCUAGAAAACCGUUGCCACACACAUAUCAAGGAUAAUCUUUUACCAGCUAUUGCACGCAAUGGAGAUUCUAGCCCGGUGGAAACUCUGCGGACAGUGGAGAGAGUAUGGGGAAUUUGGAGAACUCAAUUGGUAGGAUUACAGUUGCAUUUGUACCAAUCUAGGAAAGACUAUUAACAAUAGAAUCAGGUUUUGUUAAGAUCCAUCUUCAGCUAUCUUGAUAGAGCAUAUCUGCUGAAUUCGAAAACACUUCCGCAACUUGAAGAUAUGGGCAUACGGCAAUUCCGCGAAGUAGUAUUUUUGAAGGGAAAGGACACUAGCAAGACGGGAACACAGGUCAUAUUAGGAAUAUGCGAGCUUGUGCAAUAUGAUAGAGAAAGCCUGGAUACAUUCGACUCCGUCCUUCUCCGAGCUUCCAUUGCUACAAUUCACAUUCUUGGUGUAUACACAAGUCUCUUCGAGAAACAAUUCCAGAAUAUUUCUUCAGCCUACCUCGAACAGUUUGCAUCAGAACGGAGCUCCUCACCACUGAGAGAGUAUAUAUCUUCCUGCGAUAAUCUGUUACAACGGGAAAGUCUCCGUUGUGAUACAUAUAAUUUCGACAGUACUACCAAGAAGACUCUGCUUGAUACUGCGCACGACAUCUUGAUCAAAAAUCGGGCUGAUGUCCUGUUGGAGACGGUGGCUGUCUCAAAGCUUCUUGAAGAUGAAGCUUUGGCAUCGCUUAAAUCUUUGUAUCAGCUUUUGAGACUUUCGGGAAUCCAGGAUCAGCUAAAGGCGCCUUUCGCCAAUCACGUUAAAGCCUUCGGAUCAUCUAUUGCAAUGGACAAGGAAAGGGGCGAUGAAAUGGUUGUUCGUUUACUCGAGCUGAAACGGUCACUGGACGUCAUCAUCCGCGAUGCCUUCAACAAGGAUUCGGUGUUUACUUUCUGCCUUCGGGACUCAUUUGGACAAUUUAUAAAUGACCGCCAAGUUGCUAAGGCAUGGGGUACAAAUACUUCUAAAGUUGGAGAAAUGAUAGCGAAAUAUAUGGAUACUUUACUGCGAGGGGGACUCAAAGCUGUGCCUCGUUCUCUUGUAUCCGAUGCCACAGAUCGGAAUGAGGCUGAGAAGAAAGGACAAGCUAGUACCGGCGACGAGGACGCAGAAUUGGACCGCCAACUGGAACAAGGCCUCGAGCUGUUUCGCUUCAUCGAAGGUAAAGAUGUUUUUGAAGCGUUUUACAAAAGAGAUUUGGCACGCCGUUUGUUGAUGGCACGCAGUGCAAGUCAAGAUGCGGAGAGGAACAUGCUUGCUAAAUUAAGGGGCGAAUGUGGUAACAGUUUUACUCAUAAUCUCGAGUCAAUGUUCAAGGAUCAAGAAAUUUCUCGAGAUGAAAUGAUAUCAUAUAAGCAGUCACUCAGUAACACAAGCAAGACCACGCUGGAUCUCCAGGUCAGUGUCCUUUCAUCUGCUGCCUGGCCAACGUAUCCGGAUAUCGAAGUGAACCUCCCUGCGGAAGUCGCAAAACAUAUUGAAAAGUAUGACCGGCAUUACAAGCACAAACACAGUGGGCGUCGAUUGACUUGGAAACAUUCUCUUGCACACAGCAUCGUCAGGGCAACGUUCAACAAGGGUGUAAAGGAACUCCUAGUGAGUGGUUUUCAAGCUGUUGUGCUCGUUCUCUUUAAUGAGCUUGAGGAUGGUGGCCAUCUCUCUUACACGGAUAUUUCUAAAGCGACGGGUCUUGUCGAUGGUGAAUUGAAACGAACCCUGCAAUCACUUGCAUGUGCCAAAGUCCGACCUUUGACUAAGUACCCUAAAGGGAAAGAAAUCAGUGAGACAGAUACGUUUACCAUCAACCUCAAUUUCUCAGAUCCGAAAUUUAGGAUCAAGAUUAACCAAAUUCAAUUGAAAGAGACCAAGGAGGAGAAUAAAGAAACGCACGAGAAGGUUAUUCAAGAUAGAAGUUUUGAAACUCAGGCUGCUAUUGUUAGGAUCAUGAAGUCAAGAAAGACAAUGACGCAUCAGAAUUUGGUAGCGGAGGUCAUAAAUCAAACCAAAGGAAGAGGUGCAGUAGAACCGGCGGAAAUCAAGAAACACAUUGAGAGUAGGUUUUCACUUUAUUGCCCAAUAUCCUCGCAGCAGUAAAUUUAAACUAACAAUUCCUUUAGAAUUAAUCGAGAAGGACUAUAUCGAGCGCGAAGAUGGUGGAGUUUAUACAUACCUAGCAUAGAAGCAUAAUGUAUCUUGUGUAGGAUUCCGAAUACAAUAUGGGAACUUGUGGUUAUACCUCUGGUUAUCUUUAGUGUUACAUGAGUAUAUGAAAAUAAAUACUUUGCUCUAAUAGUUUCCAUUUUUUUGAGCGGCA